AUGGCAACUAAAAACUCGACAUACAUCUGCUUCUGUACUGUUGUCUUCUUGCCUCCAUCCGUCACGUCUGCAACCAGAGGAGUGCUCUCUUUCUGUCCGUCUGAACGAGAGGGGUGGUCACUUGGAGUGUUUCGACUGGCGGGUUUUUUCUUUUUGGAAAAGUGUCGUUUAGACCGACUCGGAAACCACGAUCGGGUUCCAGGCUUGCUCAGAUCGGUUGCAUGCUCGACCAAGCCUAGAAUUGGCUCACUCCUUCGUCCGGCCGAAUGGUCCUGCCUCACCCGAACAGGUCACGCGGUCCUCCCGCGGUCGGACGACGUGGUUGCUUCCGCUUUCGUCUGGCGACGGUCGGAGGAGGUGAGCGAAUUUGACAAUCGGCCUCUUCGGAGUCGAGAGACGACAAUUCGAGUCGUUCUGUCGCACAAUCAACUUAAUAGACCCGGGAUGCCAGUGAAGUCGACCUCAUCUCACCGAGAUUCCACGUCAAGUCGUCAGUAUCCCGGCGACUAUCAGUCCUUUAAUCACCCUAAGAGACCUAAGCCAAGUUCAUAUUCAAGCAUGAAUGAUAAUGUCGAAAAGUACACACACCCAAAAUAA